GACACUUUGUGCAGAGUUAAGUGUGGGCCCUGAUCAUUUGUGUAUGCGUCUCUUUACAUGCAGGUCCACAUGUCCUUGUGUUUGUUUGGCACGUUAAUGGGAAGCCUCUCGUUCAUGCUUGUGGAGAACAGGACGGAUGAGGAAUACGGCAGGACUCUGUGGGAAUUCGGAAAUGCUACUGGCUCAGGGAGUUGGCAAAAGAUUGCGCUAUCAUUGUCCAACGUGUCUGACAGGUUCUGGUUACAGCUGAACACUGCAUGGACCGACGAGUCAAGUGCAGUAAUUGCACUGGAUAAUGUGACUGUUAGCCUCGACUGUUAUCUAACAAGUAGUGCAGACAACUCAUCCAAAGAUGAUGCUCCUAAUUCCAGCCAGCGCUUGCUGGGAGAAGCCUUUGUGAACAAGACUGUUGUAGCAGCUAGCAAGAAGAUGCAAGAAGAGAUUGAAGUCAGUGGGAUGUCAGGUCCAUGGAUCAUUACAACCUGUGGUGCAAGUGGCCCCAAAGGACCGACACAGACUCAAUGCAACAAUGCGUACCGCAAUACAAAUACAUCUGUGGUGGUCGUGGCUGGUAGAAUUUGGCAAGGCAUUCAGAAGUGGAGAGUGCCAUCAACCGACACGUACAAGAUAUCCGCUUACGGAGCUGCUGGAGGCAUCGGGGGAAAGAGCAACUUCCGGAGGUUUCAUGGUGUGUUAGUACAAGCCACGUUCCACCUGGAGAAAGAUACUAUUCUCUAUAUACUGGUUGGGCAGCAGGGAGAAGAUGCCUGCCCUAAUGCAAAUCCCAUCAUCCAGAGUGUUUGCUUAGGAGAGAAUAGUGCUAUUGAAGAGGAGCUCAAAAGGAGUGGCAACGUCUCACAAUGGGCUGGAGGUGGAGGAGGAGGUGGCGGGGCCACCUUUAUUUUCAAGAUGGACAAGGGGGAACCAGUCCCAUUGGUGAUAGCAGCAGGUGGAGGUGGCAAAGCCUAUCUGAGUAAAGAUUCCAGUUUCCCAGAGGAGCUGUUAGAAACUGAUUCUUCUAUUCAUGGAGUGAAUGGCAGAUCUGGUGCAGCAGGAGGCGGCGGAGGUUGGAGUGAUGUGACCAUCCUCAAGUGGUCGGGCAAGUCCCUGACGGAAGGAGGUGAAGGUGGGCAGUCCUGCCCACAGGCCAUCAAGAAGUGGGGCUGGAUAAUAAAUGGAGGCUUUGGAGGCGGGGGAGGAGCUUGUACUGCAGGAGGAGGUGGUGGAGGCUACAUAGGGGGAAAUGCAACUGUGAGUAAUAAUCCGGAGAAAGAUGGUGGCUGUGGUGUUUCUUACAUUAGUCCACUUGGUGAAAUGUACACGCCAGCACUGGCAGUAACAGAAAGCCACGGGGAGGUUGAAAUUAUGCUGCAUUUAAAUUGCAGUCACUGUGAACAUAAUGACUGUAUAUUUGACCAUCUCAAAGAAGAGCUUGUUUGCCUUUGUGAACCAGGAAAGAUUCUGGCUUCAGACAGUGUUACCUGCAUUUUUGCCCCGGAUGGCCACCUGCCGUUUUCCCUCGUGCUAUCGGUGGUGUUGUCUAUCGUGGUGGCAGCCUUGCUCCUGGCCUUCUCGGGAAUCAUGAUCGGUGAGUACAAUCUUUGGAACAUAGGGCUGCACAACGCAGUGGUACAAUUGCUGCCUCUGAACGCCAGAGACCCGGGUUCGAUCCUGAUUACAAGUGCUGUCUGUACAGAGUUUGUAUGUUCUCCCUGGGACCAUGUCGGUUCCCCGUGUGCUCCGAUUUCCACCCACAUCCCAAAGACUUGCAGGUUUGUAGUGUAUCGACUCAAACACCAAGAGCUGCAAGCCAUGCAGAUGGAACUGCAGAGUCCCGAUUACAAGCUCAGCAAGCUGCGAACUUCCACCAUAAUGACCGACUACAACCCCAACUACUGCUUCGCUGGGAAGACAGCCUCCAUCAGCGACCUCAAAGAGGUUCCUCGGAAAAGCAUAGUCCUCAUACGUGGUCUUGGCCAUGGAGCCUUUGGCGAGGUAUAUGAAGGCCAAGUGACAGGUGUUCCUGGUGAACCCACCCCGUUGCAGGUUGCUAUCAAGACAUUGCCUGAAGUUUGCUCUGAACAGGAUGAGCUGGAUUUCCUGAUGGAAGCCCUGAUAAUCAGUAAAUUCUGCCAUCAGAACAUUGUGCGAUGUAUUGGAGUGAGCCUGCAGGCUCUCCCUCGCUUCAUCCUGCUGGAGUUGAUGUCUGGGGGAGACGUGAAAUCCUUCCUCCGAGAGUACCGACCAAAACCGGGGCAACUAUCAACUCUCAGCAUGAUCGAUUUACUGAAUGUGGCUUGUGACAUUGCCCGGGGCUGCCAGUACUUGGAGGAGAACCACUUCAUCCAUCGGGACAUCGCUGCAAGAAAUUGCCUGCUUACAUUCAAGGAUUCAGGAAGAGUGGCUAAGAUUGGAGAUUUUGGAAUGGCUCGUGACAUAUACAGGGCUAGUUAUUACAGGAAGGGAGGACGUGCCAUGCUCCCAGUGAAGUGGAUGCCACCAGAAGCUUUCUUGGAAGGAAUAUUUACCUCAAAAACAGACACCUGGUCCUUCGGAGUGUUACUGUGGGAAAUCUUUUCACUCGGGUACAUGCCAUAUCCCAGCAAGAGUAACCAAGAGGUGCUGGAGUUUGUCACUAAUGGUGGCCGAAUGGACCCCCCGAAGAACUGUCCUGGCCCAGUGUACCGAAUAAUGACUCAGUGCUGGCAGCAUCAGCCAGAAGACAGACCCAAUUUUGCAACCAUAUUGGAAAGAAUAGAUUACUGUACACAGGAUCCAGAUGUCAUUAACACUUUGCUGCCGGUGGAAUACGGACCUCCUGCAGAAGAAGAAGGGAAUGUUCCCAUGCGACCAGAUGACCCUGAUGGAUUGGCACCACUGUUGGUUUCUCCUGCCCAAGGGACGGAGAAUGAGCACAUUUCCACUGACCCGUCCCCGUCACCCCAGCGUCCCACCAGCCUCUGCCUUGGUGAGCAUCGAAUGAGACUCGUUCCCAACGACACGGCCGCUGUACCUGCUGGAGGUCCAGCAGAGGGGGGGCCUCAUGUCAACAAGAUAUACUCACAAAUGAACAGCUCCUCCGCGCUACAGCAAGGUAGGGGCUCCCGGAAAAAACCAACCAACCUCUGGAACCCGACUUAUGGGUCUUGGUUCACGGAAAAACCUGUUGUGCAAAUCAACUGCAGCACGUUGACUGACAACCGACCGCCCGACAGAGAGGACUCUGGCUUCCGGGCCAGCAGCAGCAGCGUUCCCUCUGCUCCCAUCCCAGCGCCAAGGCUGCAGGCCUCCGCGGUUGUUCUAGAACCUUCUUCCCUCGUGGCCAACACGUUGGAUGUGCCUCUGUUCCGGCUGCACCAGUUCCCAUGUGGGAAUGUGAGUUAUGCCUUCCAACAGCAGCAGAACCACCAUCACCAAGGACUGUCUUCUGAAUCGACAUCUGCUUGUGCUUCUUGUAAGGAAGAUUACAACUCACAUGUUAGCAAGGGCUUACCCAUCCAGCAGGACCCACGUGUACAUCCUGUUGCCAAUAUACCCACAUGGGACUCGGGACUCUCUCUAGCAGAGGAUGUAAAUGUUACUAUACUGUAAUGGAGGUAAACGUAAAGAUGGUUUUAUUUCGGCAAGUGUCAGACCUAAUAAAAGCAGUUGCAAGUACCAUUUGGCUCACAGGACUAGCACAGGUUCUUGUUUUGUCCAAAAAAUAUAAUGCGAGACAUAACUGAAUGCAAAGUAUGCUCCAAUACAACUGUCUAUUUAUGUCCAACUGUCUGUCUAUCCCCAAUACCACUAAUGCAUUGGAAAGUAUCCAAUACAGCCAAUGUAUUUGAAAGUAUCAAGCAUACAUACUGGCAAAUUUGGGCCAUCAUUGUAAGUAAGCCAUUUCAGUACCCAGUGAGUUCAUUUAUAAUGGUUUUUUUCAGUAAAGGUUCCAAAUCAAGCUAAAUCCGAAAGACAGAAUUUGUCACUAAUUUUGUUGGGUUUAAUUCCUCUGCAAAAAGGUAGGAACCACAACAUCAAAGGAAGGGGCAGAUCGGAAUUUAAGUCUAUGAGGGGCAUUGUGAUCUCAAAAUGAAGAAAAUGUUUGCAUUCAUACCUUUCACAAUCUCAACGUCUCAAAGUACUUAACAGCAAUUUCGAAGGGUAGCCACUUUUACAAUAGACCAAAACCAACAUGAAAAGGUCUUUGUGCAACAUGUGUGAUUUAACGCACUCAGUGUAGUGUCAGGGUAUCACCUCCACAAAUGACAGGCACCCUCACACUACACAAGAGUUGGAAUCCAGAUGCCCACUAGACCCAGGAUGCUGCAACAUACCGUGAUAAGUAUUUGUCCAGGGAGGGUGUACCUUCUCCCCAGGUGUAAGCGAUACACCGCAGCCCACUUUGUAAACAAGUGCAUGUAAGUUAAAAAUAAAAAUUGAUUUUAUCUUCAGGGGUUUAUGCCUUUUUUUCUGAUUCAGACCACCAAGAUAGUUCCACCAAGAUAAUAUCUAGAACCAAGCUACAACAAAUCAUCAGACUGCGAAUACAGGCUAUCUGUGAUAUUAGGAUUGGAGCAAUUUCCAGUACAUGGAGGCUGCAACUUUCCACCAUACAAUGGACCGAAAGGGAUGAAUGAUGGCUCGGAUUCUCACAAGACCAAGAAGUUGGGGAUACCAAGAUACUGGUCCUGUAGACAGACACAAAAGGCUGGAGUAACUCUGUGGGUCAGGCAGCAACUCUGAAGAAAAGGAAUAGGUGACGUUUUGGGUCGAGACCCUUUUUCAGAAGAAGGUUCUUGACCCGAAACGUCACCUAUUCCUUUUGUCCAGAGAUGCUGCUGACCCACAGAGAUACUCCAGCCUUUUGUGUCUGUCUUCAGUUUAAACCAGUUUUUGCAGUUCCUCCCUACACAUACUGCACUAGUCCUGUAUUUAGUAUGUUGAGAUACUGGCCUAUAUUCUGCACCUUUUGCUCAUCACUAGAGUCAUUUACCCAGAGUAGGGAAGUAGAGAACCAGAGGAUGUAGGUUCAAGGUGAGAGGGGAAAGAUUCAUUAGGAUACUGAGGGAUAACUUUUUCACGAAAAUGGUAGUGGGUGUAUGAAACAAACUGCUGGAGGAGGUGGUUGAGGCAAGUACUAUCGCAAUGUUUAAGAAUCAUUUAGACAGGUACAUGGACAGGACAGGUUCAGAGGGAUAUGGGCCAAAAGCUGGCAAGUGGGUCUAGUGUAGAUGGGAUAUGUUGGCCAGUGAGGGCAGGUUAGGCCAAAAGGCCUGUUCCCAUGCUAUAAGACUCUAUGACACUAUUAUCUUAAGGCUGGAAUGAAAAGACAAACAAGUUUUUAUUCCCACGCGUACAAACAAGCAAAAACCACUCUGUUAUCCAGGUGCCUACUUCAGAUCAUAUUUGAUAUCUAUUUACCUCUAAUCCAAAUUUAUUUCUCAAUCACAAUUGCUGCAUUUAAAAUAUUUACAAUUCCUUUCAAAUUCUCCAGCAAACAGCAAUGUUUCAUGAAGCACUGAUGUUAAUGGAUAUUUGUUAUAAACUAAAAUAAAUCAAAAUUGCUGGAAAUAUUCAGCAGAUCAGUCAGAGUUAGUGUUUCAGGUUUAAUGACCAUACACGGGUGAAAGAUCAUUCACAUGAAACAUGGACUUCUUCUCUCCCCACAGAUGCAGUCUGACCUGCUCAGUAUCUCAGAAUUAUCAUAUAUUUGCAAUGUUAAGCAUAAGUAGUUGCUAUUUUAUUUUUUGCUAGUAAACUAAUUUGGACGUGCACUUCAUUUAAAUAGAAUGUAACAUCUGAUAAAAAUUGUUAUGAAUUCUCCGAUCAAAAACUAUGGUACACAAAAUGGAAUCUUGUUAAAAAUUGAUGUGUUGUUUCAGCAAGCUCACAGCCUUGGAUUUGACCAGAUAAUAAUAUUUAUAUUAUUAGUAUGUGGAAGUGUGACUGCCCUAUUCUCCUCUUUCCACAUGCAUGUACUUUUUAAGUGUUUUAACUAUACAAUUUGUGUUGCAUAGGCACCUUAUAGUUGUUAGUGAUUUAGAUAUUCAAACUAUAUCAUGUUCAUAAGUUCUAGGAUAAGGAUUAGGCCAUUUGGCCCGUCAGGUCUAUACUGCCAUUCAACAAUGGCUGAUCUAAUUCCCCCCCCCCCCCAUUCUCCUGCCUUCUCCCCAUAACUCUGGCUCCCUUCA